AUGCUUUGCCUAGUGCUCCUUGUGCUGUGUCUGAGCCGCUCAGAUGUGACUGCCUUCAGUUCUAUCGCUGAAAACGAGGAUGCGCUCCUCAAGCACUUAUUUCAAGGCUAUGAGAAAUGGGUCCGCCCUGUGGAAAACUCCAAUGACACUAUCAAAGUCCUUUUUGGAUUAAAGAUAUCACAGCUUGUGGAUGUAGAUGAGAAGAAUCAGCUGAUGACGACCAACGUGUGGCUGAAGCAGGAAUGGACUGACCACAAGCUCUCCUGGAAUCCAGAGGAAUAUGGUGGUAUCACUGCCAUCCGUGUCCCCUCCGAGUCCCUGUGGCUUCCCGACAUUGUUUUAUUUGAAAAUGCUGAUGGACGUUUUGAAGGAUCCCUGAUGACCAAAGUUAUAGUGAAGUACAAUGGAGUGGUGACCUGGACACCACCAGCCAGUUAUAAGAGCUCCUGCAUGAUGGACGUGACCUUCUUCCCAUUCGACAGGCAGAACUGCUCCAUGAAGUUUGGGUCGUGGACUUACGAUGGCAGUAUGGUGGACUUGAUUUUAGUGGAUGAAAAUGUAGACAGGAAAGACUUCUUUGAUAAUGGGGAGUGGGAGAUCUUAAACGCCAAAGGAAUGAAAGGCAACAGGAAAGAUGGGCUGUACUCUUACCCGUUUGUCACUUACUCCUUUGUAUUGAGACGUCUUCCACUGUUUUACACUCUUUUCUUAAUUAUACCUUGCCUGGGACUGUCAUUUCUAACUGUCCUGGUGUUUUACCUACCUUCAGAUGAAGGAGAAAAGCUUUCACUGUCUACAUCAGUUCUAGUCUCCCUCACUGUUUUCCUUCUAGUGAUUGAGGAAAUAAUCCCUUCUUCUUCCAAAGUCAUCCCUCUUAUUGGUGAGUAUCUGCUGUUCAUCAUGAUUUUUGUGACCCUCUCUAUCAUUGUGACUGUGUUUGUUAUCAACGUUCACCACCGCUCCUCAGCCACUUACCAUCCCAUGGCUCCCUGGGUUAAAAAACUGUUCCUCCAGAAGUUGCCUCGACUGCUUUGCAUGAAGGGCCAUGUAGAUCGUUACUCCUUCUCAGACACUGAAGAAAAGGAAACCACCUUGAAAUCAAAGCCCCCAGAGAAGCAGAAACACAAGCAAGCAAAAGAUGGAGAGAAAAUUGUUAUUGCCUUUCUGGAAAAGGCAGCCGACUCGAUUCGAUACAUUUCCAGGCAUGUUAAAAAGGAACAUUUCAUCAGACAGGUAGUCCAAGACUGGAAAUUUGUAGCUCAAGUCCUGGAUCGGAUCUUCCUCUGGUUAUUUCUGGUGGUGUCAGUGACAGGUUCUGUUCUCAUCUUUACCCCUGCAUUACAGAUGUGGCUGAACAGCACUGUGUAGAAAAUGCUUCCACAGUAGCAUACAACAAGUGCAAUGCCAAGGGAUGGAUGGUGGUGCCUUUGAGCUUGGUCUUUGUUGUACAGGAUGGGAAGCAACAGCAAGAACAACAGAAGGUGAUGGUAGCAGUGGGCACCGGCUAGUGCUUUCUGUCUUCAUACAACUCUACCAGAUACAGAUUUGGCUGAGAUCAGAGAAGGGCUUGGUGCCUAGCUGAGUCCUAAGGUGAACUGGGGUUGCACAAAUAGGUUGCACAAAAUAUAAUUAUUUUACUAGUAGCUUGGUUAUAUUACAAUAAAAGCCAAGAUUAUUAGUUAAAGAUGGAACUAGUACUUCUGGCACAAUGAUUAUACUUAAAAGGCAGAUCUGUCUAUAUAAAUACUACUUUAUAAAAUAAGUUAUAGUAGGAACA